GAAGAUCAGGAGGGAGUGUGAGUGAGUGAGUGUAGACGGAGCAGGUGGUCUGUGGUGUCGAGGAUCCUGUGUUAAAACUGUCAGAGAUAGAACGAGUAUUGCCUUGUAACGUGUAGGUGAUGGAGAGUUACUCAUAGGGACCUCAGUGAUGGGGCCCUUCAAGUCAUGGAAAUCUAAAAAGAGAUGAAAAGUAGUGUAAAUGUUGGGAGGGUGAAGCUGUGUCCCAUAAUGCCCGCUCGAGGGAACAAGUGAAUGAAGACCACGUGACCGAACUGGACCAAUCAGCGCCCACAGAUUACCACCAUCUUGAAUUCACACGUAAACAACUAUCUCUCCUGAAAAGUACAAAAAUAUAGCAGCUGGAAAUGGAGGAAACUGCAAAAAACCAAAUUGGGAAGGAGGCAGAUGAUCAGCAACAGCAGCAGCAGUCGCAGCAGCAGCAGCCACAUGAGCAGCAGCAACAGGAGGAAGAUGAUCAACAACAACAGCCAGUUGUUGGUGAGAAUGAUGGGCCUUUGGGGUCUGCUACAUCCAUUAAGGAUGGCCUUCCUCCUCCUACACAGAUUAAUAAAAUAAAGUUUGGCCCUGGUGCUCCCCUCAUCAAGAAGGAGAAGAGGCAGUCAUCUUCGCGAUUCAACAUCCCUAAGAACAGAGAACUACAGAAGCUUCCAUCACUCAGAGAUGCUCAACCUAAUGAACGGGAAGAAUUAUUUAUUCAGAAGAUUCGGCAGUGUGGGGUCAUAUUCGACUUUAUAACAGACCCUCUCAGUGACUUAAAAUGGAAAGAGGUAAAACGAGCAGCUCUGAAUGAAAUGGUAGAGUACGUGACAACACAGCGCCAAGUAAUCACAGAACCUGUAUACCCUGAGGUGGUCCAAAUGUUUGCUGUUAAUUUAUUCCGAACAUUACCGCCUUCCAGCAAUCCGUCAGGAGCAGAGUUCGACCCAGAGGAAGAUGAGCCCACUCUUGAAGCUGCAUGGCCCCACUUGCAAUUGGUGUAUGAGUUUUUCUUACGGUUUCUUGAAAGUCCAGACUUCCAGCCAUCUGUUGCCAAACGCUUCAUUGAUCAAAAGUUUGUGUUGCAGCUCUUAGAACUAUUUGAUUCUGAAGAUCCUAGAGAGAGAGAUUUCCUUAAGACGACCUUACACAGAAUAUAUGGCAAGUUCCUGGGUUUGAGGGCAUUUAUUCGCAAACAGAUCAACAAUAUAUUUUACAAGUUCAUAUAUGAGACAGAACACCAUAAUGGUGUGGCUGAAUUAUUAGAAAUAUUAGGAAGUAUCAUCAAUGGUUUUGCAUUACCGUUGAAAGAAGAGCACAAAGUGUUCCUCUUGAAGGUUUUGCUGCCCCUCCAUAAAGUUAAGUCUCUGAGUGUUUACCACCCUCAGCUGGCUUAUUGUGUAGUUCAGUUCCUUGAGAAGGACCCCUCACUAACUGAACCUGUCAUCAUCACCCUGCUCAAGCUGUGGCCUAAAGUCCAUAGUCCCAAGGAGGUGAUGUUCCUAAAUGAACUUGAAGAGAUCUUAGAUGUAAUUGAACCAAAUGAAUUUGUUAAGGUGAUGGUACCAUUGUUUCGCCAACUGUCCAAAUGUGUGUCAUCACCACACUUUCAGGUUGCAGAACGAGCUCUCUACUAUUGGAAUAAUGAGUACAUCCUGUCAUUGAUCAGUGACAAUGCGCAAACCAUUCUUCCCAUAAUGUUUCCAGCUCUGUAUAAAAAUUCCAAGUCCCACUGGAACAAGACCAUACAUGGGUUGAUUUACAAUGCAUUAAAAUUGUUUAUGGAGAUGAACCAAAAGCUGUUUGAUGAGUGUACUCAGCAGUACAAAGCAGAACGACAAAAAGAAAAAGAAAAAAUGCGAGAGCGAGAGGAGGCAUGGCAGCACAUAGAAGGUUUAGCUGUACAAAAUCCACUGUUUGAUAAAUAUUCAGCUGAAAGCAACAACAUCUUUGGGUCUCGUUCAUCUUUAAUGGCUUCCCCUCAAGAUGAUAGUGACAAUGAUUUCAACCCAGACAAUAUUGGAGGUGAAGCUACAGAGCAAGUGAAAAAAGUGCGCAAUAAAGAGAAGCCAUUACUGCGAAGGAAGAGUGAGCUACCGCAUGACCAGUAUACAAUCAAGGCUUUGAGCGAUCACAAGCGAGCAGAUGACUAUCUCACUACGUCCCCAGAGUUGGCUGCCACUACGAGCUAGAUCAUGAGAUAGCUGCCUUUGUAAACUAGGUGCCCAAGAUAAUCGCGAAGGUGGUAGAAAAUAGACUUUCAUUACCAGGGUUCUUUAGUGACCCAGAUAGGUGGCAAUAUAGUCUGGUGCCGAAGUAAUGCAUCUUGAUCAUAUUUCCUUGACUCAGGAGGUCAUUAAUUUAUAAAAGGUUUUAAUUUCAUAAAAAAAAAAAAUGUUAUGUUUCAGUGUCACUCAGCCUACCUAGCAAAGGAAACAAAUUAAAAGAACAUUUGAGAUGUCUGACUUAUUUACAGUUUGGUUAAAACUUAAUUUAGCUUGCUUAUUAAAAAAACCAAAGUUGAAAUAACAUUGAUAAGGUUUGUCUUAGUUUUAAUAACUAAAACCAAUGUCAAAUGUAUGUACCUAAUACUAUGACUUAGACAAAAUGUCACUGAAAAUUUUAAGUUCAUAGGUUGUAACUUAUAUUUUACUUUCAGCAAAGGAUAUUUGAAUUUUACAGAUCAAAAAUAAAUGAGCCAAACAUAUUUCAUUAUUGUGAUGAUGUACAGUAACACAGAUUUUUCUGAUAUUUUUUGACUUGUGCAAAACUCAAAUUAAGCACUGGAGAAAUAUCCAGAGAUCUUCACAGUAUAGUUUGACUAUGCACUUUUUAGCAUAUACAGUAAUAAGUUUAUACAAAAAUGCACUGUUGUCAAAUGAGCUUGAAUGACUUUAGGAAGUGUGCAGUUGUCAGAUUGGCCAGUUAUCAAGCCCAGAGAACUAGAAUCAAGAUGCAAUACAGUAAUGCUUCACCCAUUCAAGACUGAGUAAACUAGAAUCUUGAUUAUUCAGAGCACCAAUGCUAUUGCCCAUGUAUACUUUUUUAUACAGUGAAAUAUAUUCAAAAGUAUAAAUGUUAUGUCCUGCAUAAUUUAAAUUCUUGUUAAUUAGGUCAAAGAGAGAAGAGAUACGAUUGUCUUUGUCAUAUUAUCUAAACUGGAUUAAUAUCUCUUGUAAACUUUUACAUUCACAACCUCAUGAGAACAAAAGUUUAUAGGUUUGUACGGGCAUGUCUGUUUAACACUUAAUGGGAGGUGUGGAUGUUUUGACAACUUACUUAUGAAAGAUAAUCUCUUCUUCUAUGCAGCUAUGGGCCAUAUCAGUAGACUUGCCUGCCCUUAUUAUACUUCUGAAUGCAUUAUGCUCACUGUGGUGAUGUUAGGUACCUGUAUGAGUGGAUUCUUCUUUUCCAGUAGUUCAAUGAUGAGUCAGUGAGAUGCAAGGAGUGAGUAAUAUUCAAAUGUUCUAGAGUGGACCUCUCCAUUCUUAUGAUAUAUAUAAAUACUAAUCCAAAAUUUGUUGUUAUACAGCAAAUUUAACUUUCACAUUACAGCAGUUGUAUUAUUGAUGCAAUAGUAAUCCUUAUGUAGGUUCCAGGAAAUGUUUGAGCAUCUUACCAAAUACCUCUUGACAUGAAUGAUUGCCAAAAAAUCAUUACUUUCUUAUAUUUAAUGUAUGUUAAAAUUAUAUUGCAGUGAUUGUGAAUACCCAUUUGUGUUCAUAAAUAGGCAUGCCCCCCCCUCCCCCCCUUUUUUUUUUAAUUAUGGAAAAAGCCAGUGUAAUAGUAAAACUCAAAAGUCAUUUCAUUACUGUGAUGGUAAAGAUAUAUUGUAGACCUAAAGUUUGUUUCUUACAAAGGUUGUUUGUUAUCAAACUGAAACGAGUGUGAGCCUUGAUAGAUUAUCUUGCAGGGCCAAUGUCACUAAUGACCUCACAAACAAGAGUUCAUAUGAUGAUGUUUAUUCUGUAGCUGAUAUUAGUGACAUUCUUGAGUUUAAAAGGAAUUAGGAGUUGCAUUUUACUGGACUUCUUCCAGAAACUUUAAAUAACCUGAUAUAGGUAGUACAGUACUGCAAUGAUUUAAGGAUUAAAGUUUAGGUAAUAAACAUUUAACAGAUAGCAUUAGAUGACUCAUGUGGAAUAUGUUGUGUUACUAUGUUCAGAUAGUUAUAACCAGAGUUUAUUGGAAGAUUAUGUUGUACAAUAUUUUUAGAAGUAUAACUGCAGAUUCCUCAUUAGAUACUGAUUUAGUGAAGUCUGAUAAAAUUGCCAUAAAUUGAUCUGCUCUCCAGGGUGUAGGAAGUACAGCAAGGUCACUUUCACCAUCAUAUGAGUGUAUGCAUGUAUGUGCUGUAUGUAGUAGCAAGAGCCCUGAUAAGUGGUAGUGAUUGCCAAGCAUUAUGCAUGUUACGAUCAUUGCAUUAGGUCCUGCAGUAGUAUUCCUGUGAGGCUUGUUUUGGUGUCACACAUAAUCAGAGCCUUGUUGAAUUAUUAUCUCAGGCUCAGUUUAAUGGAUCAUCACUUAUAUAAUGUAACUUGUGUAGACCAAAGGCCCGUGUAUUGAAUGAGUGAUGUGCUAACAGUGCUCCUUUGGUUGAUCUUCCUCCCUCCUUCCCCACACACCUUGCCCUAAACCACACCUUACAUCCUUACCCUACUCUUCAUAUUAAAUUAUUUCGGUCCACAAUGUAAAUCUAAAAUCCGAGCCCUAAUAAUCAUCCAUUUUUAUGAUUGUUCUUGCUCUUAAUCAUCUUAAACUGCUUCAUGAUAUAGAGUUUUAAAUGCAUGAUGAAAAGGGAACAUAUUUCUCAAGAAUUUCAGUUAACUUAUUCUGCCCUUGCCAUAUUUCAUACCCACUUUCAUUUUUCAACUGAAGUCACUUGUCAUGAUGAAGGGGAUCAGUGUAGUGAAGAUCCUCUUUAGGAGAUUGUUCUUGCCCAGUUCAUAUUUACCUCGUUUAACUCCUACAACUUGGAUUAUGAAACAGGAAUCAGAGCUUUGAACCUCCACAAAAAUAAUAUUUAACUAGUGUUCUAAUAAUAUUGUAUCCUGUAAAUUUUAAUGCUCUAUUAUCCAUAAUCAUGAUUAUUAUUUUUAUUCAUCAUUAUUGCAUAAGCAGUCAUAACCUUCACAUAUUCUGAAAGUGAUAUUUCAAAUUCAUAUUAUAAUCUCUUAUCAUGCAUAAAUAAGGAAGAAAGGAUUCAUCUUAUUCUUCAAUAAUUUAAUAGACAACUUAUUAUUUUACCCUCACAAACCCAACUCAUCCUUGUUCCCCUCAGCCCUCAUCAAUUACUCAUCCUACCUCAAUCUCAUGUCAUUUGUAUCACCAUCUUUUGUUACCGCCAGUGCAUCCCAGGCACAUAUCACUACAUGUCACAAUUGGCUAACCUGAACCCUGUUAAGUACUUCACUAAGACUUAUUUUUUUUUUUAUAUAACACAGUGGAAAUGAUCUAUUAUUGUGUGUUGUACAGGGAAUGGAAUAUGCCAAUUACAUACUAGAUUUCUUAUUUUUCAAACCUCCCUACCCACAAACCUGUCACAUCAUCCCAUUAAAUUUUAUUUCGGUGCUGUCUUACCCUAGAUGUUAGGAACCCAAGAUGCUGUGAGAUGAUAAUUAUUGUAAUAUAGAAGGCUAACAUUAGACAAGCCACUAUGUAUUAUUAGGCUUUACUGGCAGUCACAAUAAAUGAUUAAGUGUAUAAGCCUUGUAAAGACAUGAAUAUGUAUAACCUUUUGUUAGGUGGGUCUGAAGCACUGUUAAAAUGUAUCUCAUUCUUGAUUCUUGUAUUUUUGAAAAUAUGAAUGGACUAUGACUGAGUUGCUUCCAAAGCUACCAUUUCUAUUUUGAUAGUAUGAGAAACUGCUCAAUGUUUUUUCUUCGUGAAAACACAAAAUGCCGCAGGUAUAAUGUGACCUAGAAUUAGGUAUGUUGGAUUACAGUACAUGUAAUAUUUAAGUGACACUGAGGUAAGCCAUUUGUGACCUUGGUAAGUCCAUAAGAAGCCAAGUUUUUACAUUAUAACUAUCAUUGCAGUUCAGGCACCUUUUGUAGCCCUGCAGUGGUGGCCGCCCGUACUCUGUAGUUCCAUUACAUUAUCAACAUUCACAUUCGGUACAAUACUUCCUCUGUAUGUUUCGUGCUGUGUGAAAACCAAUGUAUGCUAUGUGAUCAAUCAGUGAAUUAGUCAUAAUUAUUGGUUUGUCAAGGAUGAUUUAUAUAAAAGAAUAUAAAUUUGGCAUUAUGGUAAAUUAUGUUUGACAUCAUUGAUGAUGUCACAUACAUAGUGGAAGCAACUUGGGUUUUACAUCCUUUCCUUUCCAAUCCUACACCAUAGACUGGUUGGUGAAGGCAGAGGAGUGCAUUCCUGUAGAAAGACUUGUGACUUCUUGCCUUAGAUAUUUUCCAUUUUUUUCAGUCAUUCUGUCUUUCUUUUAAGUUUUUGUUGUAUUACAUUCCAGGAACUGUGGUGUCAUUAAUUAAUCAUAUUGAAACGACUAAAUUGACAUGUAUUGCAUCGUGUUUUUUCCAAGAAGGGCUGAACACCAUUGUUUAAUAUUAAAUGUGUAACUUCAAAUGAACUUCCUCUCCAGGUUUAUGAAACAGUCACCUCUCACUUAUCCGUCCCCCAUAAUGCCAAGCCGAGCCCAGACUAAAAGGGCAAGUAAAUUAUUUUUAUUUUAUCAUUAUUAUUAUUAUUAUUACUGUUAUUGCACAUCAUGUUGAACUAGAAAUAUGAUUCUAUGGGUACAUUAAGAGUACAUAAGAGUAUAUUUUAUGCACAUUAAAACUGGUGUGAGGUGAUUACAGCCAACAUAUACAUCUGGUUAGAAUAGUAAAAGGUGAUGAGAGGGAGGCAUUGCUAUAAAGUAGUUAUUUGCAGUCCUUAUCUACAGUAGUUCUUUAUUUGAAAAUUAUAUUUUUAACAUAAAUAUGAAUACCUAUGAAGUAUUGAAGAUACAUCUGUAUAUAUGUAACCUAACCUAGUUGAUUAAAAGUGAAAAUUUUCAAUGAGCUUCUUUGGCUAACUGUGCUCUACACUUCAUGGUGCUGUUGGUGUUGCAGAUACUGGAAUUUUUCCAUUGGGAAAUACUAACAUGCACUAGCUGACCUCUCACCUCAUUGUAAUUACAAGGAUUGUUCUUGUUUUACAUUAAAAGCUGUACACUGUACUUCAUUGUGCAUGAAGAAAAAUUUGUAAGGCAUCAUGGUUACUCAUUUUCUUUUCCAACUCUCAUUCACAAGUUUACUUACACAUUCCAUUCUUGGUGUUUGUGUGUCUCCUUCCCUCUGUUGCCUUCCUCACCCAUUCCUCAGUUGAUAUUUUGUUAAACUCAAAAUCCUGUAGUAAGAACUAAAUUCUUUCCCUUUUGUUGUUACUGUAUCAGGAAUACUUGGUUUAUUACUCUGGGUUGAGUUGCUCUGAUUUUUUUUUCUUAUUCUCAGAUUUGUUACAUACGGUGUUAAUGGUCCUAAAGGUAAUUUAUUAUUUAAAGUGUUUUCAGUCAAAUUGCUAUAGUAGUAGGUGCUUUAUUUGCAUAAUUUAGCUUUUAGGGGGAGGGGAGGUUUGUUCUUUUAAUACUAUCCAUUGGUAAAGCUACACAUACAUUUCCAUAGGUUAUCAAGACGUUUAAAAAUUACCUGCUGCAUCAUCAUACUAACGGGAUCACAAAAAUAAUUCCUCAGGUGCGCACACCCCAUGAACGUGUAAGCAUGCCUUCUGGAAGCAUGAACUCCUUGUGCAUACACAAAAAUAAUUUUUGCUCACAUAUAUAUAUAUAUAUAUAUAUAUAUAUAUAUAUAUAUAUAUAUAUAUAUAUAUAUAUAUAUAUAUAUAUAUAUAUAUAUAUAUAUAUAUAUAUAUAUAUAUAUAUAUAUAUAUAUAUAUUCUUGUUCUUGCUUUUCCUUCCUUCAUACAUAUAUUUUGAUUAAUAUCUUGUAAAAUAGUUUUAGAAUAUAAAACUUGCAUACACACCACAAUGGAGUCUAGAUAAGGAGAGGUGACUAAAUGUUAUAAAUUUCUAGCAUGCUUUUGUCAAUAGCGCUUUUAGUCUUUCUUUCUAGAAUGUCACUCAGAUGUCCUUUGUACUACUUGACACUUACUUGACAGUUUCUUUCCCACUUCUUUCUUAGGGAACUCACCAAUAUUAUCAGGAAUCAUGUUUUGGUACCCAUGAAGUUAAAUAAUUUCUUUAUUGUAACAAUAGUUCUACUGUAUCUCCAGUGCCUCUUUGCUGGUUUAAAAAAGAAAGCUGUUUGAAAUAAUAUAAGCUUACUUUUUGUGAUGCUUUAUGAGAGUGUUAAGGGAAUGGUUAACAAACUAAAAUUUGUCAAAAAAAUUCUACCCUACCAAGAAUUGUGGCUGCUGUACUCUUGCAGUAGAAAAAAUAAGUUAGUGGAUAAGGUCACUAAUAUGUUUGCUGAGGCAAGUGCAAGAAUGUAAGAUGACAUUCUUUUCUGAAAACAGCUAUACAAAGUUGCUGAAGCAAAAUUUAUCUUUAUGUUCAUAGAUGGCCAUUGAUAAAUAUGUUUUAUGCCAAAUACUGGUUGAGGCAAAGAAUGGUUUUUGUAUUGUGCAUCAGGUGAUUGUGAUUGUGUAAUAUUUUGCAAGCUCAAGUCAUUAUGGAAUAGGUUGCACCCAUAUAAACCUGUUUUCCUAAAGACCUGAUGAUAUUCUGUAUUCCUUGUUGCACUAAUCCAAUAUUUAAUGAUAGGCAUGGUUAGGAUUUGAUGCACAAAAUAUUUGACCUCUUCCUUUGAUCUUGAUCAUGUUACCAUUUGGUGUUCCACCCCUGUGUUCUGUAUAUCAUCAUGCCAUACCAACUUGUCAGAUCAUUACUUGUUUUGAUUUUUGUCAUUCAUUCUUUUCCUUAAUUUUUGUUGUUUAUAGAGUUGUCUUAUCUUUUAAGUGUAAAUGUGGAAAUAGAAUAUUAACAAUAAAUGAUCUGCUAUGGCA